AUGCAUACCUCUACCGCGCCAGGGGUCGCUGCGGUCCCCAACCAGUAUACUCUGGAAAAGGCUCAGAUCAUCGCUGCUCAGUUCGAAAUCAGCGACGUUGAGAUUGGUAUUUGCGUCCAGAAAUUCUUGCAGCAAAUGGGUGCGUGGAGUGGCCUUGGACAAAGAUCCUGCAUGAGCGCUGAGUUUGUUCAACAGACGAAGGCCUGCAAAGGAGAACUCCGGCCAUGUGCCAAAUUCCAACUUACAUUACUCGGUUCGGCUCUUGGUGUAGACUUGGGAGGUAGUAAUCUUCGUGUGUGCCUCGUUGAACUGCACGGAGAUACUUCAUAUCAUGUGGUACAAUCUAAAAGAUCAAUCCCUGCUGAACUCAUGGUGACUCAUGAAGCCGCGGACCUGUUCGCAUUCAUUACAGACCAGAUUGAGGUUCUUCUCAGGACCCAUCAUCCUGACUGCUUCAGCGAGUCGGCAAAUGUAGAAGUCUUAAGCCUGGGCCUAACAUUCUCGUUUCCAGUCUAUCAGAACGCUAUCGAUUCGGGCAUACUGUUACGCUGGACGAAGGGCUUUGACAUUCCCAGUGUGGUUGGACAGGACGUUUGUAGGCUCCUGCAACAACAGAUUGAUCUUCAAAAGUUGCCAGUGAAAGUUGCAGCUCUCGUCAAUGAUGCGACAGGAACAAUCAUGUCCCGUGCGUACACUUUACCUCUCGACCAAAUACGCACAUCUGUUGGCACAAUAUUCGGUACUGGGACUAACGGUGUCUACCUCGAGAAGCUUUCGAAAAUAUGCAAGCCACUCGAUGGGCGCUUUGACAGCUCAACCGGCGAGAUGCUGAUCAGUAUCGAGUGGGGUUCUUUCGACAAUGGGCUUUCUGUGCUGCCUAAUACAGAAUACGACGACGAAAUAAAUCGAAGUAGUAUCAACCCUGGAAAUCAGAUGUUUGAAAAAAGAGUCUCUGGCAUGUUUCUUGGAGAACUGCUUCGUACAGUCCUCAUAAAGCUGCUUGACGACCCUGCAGUGAGACUGUUUCAGGGCUCAGAUUUGAGGUCAGGCAGUUUGGAUGUACGCAAGAUAGCGCUUCACACACGUUGGGCAGUCGAUUCAUCGAUUCUUUCUAUCGCCGAAUUGGACACCACACAAGGCCUGACAGCCCUUCGCCAAAAAAUCGUUGAUGCUCUUGGAGUCUCAUCCUCACAGGUCAGUACCGAGGAUGCUCAAAUCGUGAAAGUAAUUGCGCAUGCGAUAGGCAAGCGUGCUGCUAGACUAGGCGGCAUGGCGUUGGGUGCCGUUGUCCUGAAGACUUCGCAUCUGGACCCAAACUUCGAACAAACCCAAUUUUCUGAGACUAGAAGCGGAGAAGUCGGGUCGCAGGACACUCAGCACAGUGUUCAUGUAUCAGAAACCAUUGCAGCCAAUGGUAGCACUUCCUCUUUACCCUCUGACAAGCCGUACGUGAUCGACGUUGCGGUGGAUGGUAGUGUAAUCGAGUACUAUCCCAAUUUCGAGAUGUACAUGCGUGACGCUCUGAAAACUGUACCAGGGAUAGGUGCUGCUGGCGAAAAAAUGAUAAGAAUAAACGUGACAAAAGAUGGGUCCAGCGUUGGCGCAGCUAUCACCACACUCGUCGUAACACAGCAGACAUGA